UCAUGCCUGACGUUAGCGUUCGUGCUUCCUGGAAAAGGCGUGGCUAAUUGGGCUCUCCUCGUUCUGAUUGGCUGCUGCGUUCACGCACUUUUCAAAUCGCCGGAACAGCUGACGACGACGACGCGGCUGUCAAAACAUUUGGAGCGCGUGCCUGUAUUUCUGAAGACAUGAGGAGCGGCCAGUUCGACUCCUCAUCUGAUGAUGAUGACGUCUGUGAGGAAGAGGGCACUCCUUUUGACAUUUCCUGGGUUCCUUUGUCUGAAGUGGGUUCGUCCCAGUUCGUGGGCAUCUGUUCCCUUCCAGGUUGCAGAUACAAAGAUAUCCGCAGGAGUCUGCACAAAGACGUUGAGGAACUGCACAACCAGGGCGUGCAGGACGUGUUUGUGCUGUGCACGCGAGGCGAGCUGUCUAAGUACCGCGUGCCCUCGCUUCUGGAGGUCUACCAGCAGAAGGGUCUGUGCGUGCACCACAUGCCCUUCCCUGACGGGGAGGCGCCCCAGCUGGAACAGUGCGCCCACAUCCUGGACGAGCUGCAACGCAGCCUGGAGGCCAACCGUAGGACCCUCAUCCACUGCUAUGGAGGUCUGGGACGCUCCGCAUUAAUCGCCGCCUGCCUGCUCAUCCAGCUCUCCGUAACCAUGACAGCCAACGAAGCCAUCAACAUCUUGCGGGCGCACAGAGGACACGGAGCCAUACAGACCAUCAAACAAUACAACUUCCUGCAUGAAUUCCGGGAAAGCUACACCGCCUACCAAGAGAGCAGAGCGAUUCACACGGAGCGCUGCGUUUCUCGAUGAGCCAUUUCCUCUCCUUGUGAUGACAUCGAGUGCACUUUAAAAAAAUAAAAAAAACUUUAUUUCUAGCUUUUUAUGAUAAAUCCGAAGUAAAAAGGGAAAAAUUCCUGCUUUUGCUAAAUAUCAAUGCACCUCUCAGUAAGCAAUAUCCUAGCUUAUAUACACUGUAUACGCUUGC